UGGCACUUUGCACCUUGGCCCAUCUAGCAACAACAGCCCAGCCCACCACCACCAUCUCUCCUUCAACCUCCUGCUACAGGAGGCAGAUGAGGGUGUGGCGGCCAUCCAGGCCACUCUAGCCGCCGAUGCCUCCGUGGCGGCCAUCCCGCGGUCCUCGCGGCGGAUAAGACCCCGAGCCUCGUUGACGAACCCUAGAUCGCCUCCCCUCCCCGCUCUUGCCUCUCUCCUCACUCGAAGCCAUCGCCCGAGCUCGGUCGCCGCCGCGCCAUUGACGUUGUGGCGCUCUGGAGCCACCCCGCGCCGUCAGCUGCUGUCCAGGAAGACCACCGUCCACGACUACAUCAUCUACGGGUCCGGAUUGGCCCGGAACACCGCCGCAUCGACGCCAUCACCAUCUUCUUCCACCUUCGACCCCGACCUCCGCCGCCCUGGAUCCGCGCUCCGGCAAGCCCCCGGCCCGUCCGAGCUCGUCAUCGGCCUCCCCGGGAUGUCGGAGCCCAGGAGCCAGAUGCCACCGCCGAUGUCUACUACUACAUUGGAGGCCGCCGACGAUCAGGAGUAGUUAGGAGGCUCCCAGGCAGGAGGCCUUGCCUUUUCGAUCGAUGUUGCUUUUGUGCUAGCCUUCUUAAGGCAAACUUGUCUAACUCAUGUCUGUAUUCAGAUAUGGUUGCUUCCGCUAACUCUUGUGUAUUCGAGCCCUCGAGGCCCCUGGCUUGUAAUAUAAAGCUUGUAUUAUUUUAAUUUGUGUCUAGAGUUGUGUUGUGAUAUCUUCC